CUGUGCGGCGAGACGCUCGUGCACCCGGGCUGCUCUUCGUUCGCGUUUCCCAAUCCUGCAGAGGAGAAGCUUGUCACCUCCCCGGGCGUAUGUGACAUACCCUCCGCCGCAUCGUGCUGUCGCUCCUCGGGUGAGGGAAACCGGACUGCACGGCGCGCAGAGGACGACCUCCCUCCUGAAAAUAUCAGUUCUUGGAAAGCAGCUCAGGUAGGGAAAGAUGCCGGCCAUACAGAAGCCCAUGAGGUACGGACAUACAGAAGGACACACCGAAGUCUGCUUUGAUGAUUCUGGAAGUUUUAUUGUGACUUGUGGAAGUGAUGGUGAUGUGAGGAUGUGGGAAGAUUUGGACGACGACGAUCCUAAGUCCGUUAAUGUUGGAGAAAAGGCAUUUUCAUGUGCUUUGAAGAAUGGGAAAUUGGUCACUGCAGUCUCUAACAAUACCAUCCAAGUCUAUACAUUCCCUGAAGGAGCUCCGGAUGGCAUAUUAACACGCUUCACUACAAACGCAAACCAUGUGGUCUUCAAUGGGGACGGCACUAAAAUUGCUGCUGGGUCAAGUGAUUUUCUGGUCAAAGUCGUGGAUGUGAUGGAUAACAGCCAGCAGCAAACAUUUCGAGGACACGACGCCCCUGUUUUAAGUCUGUCUUUUGAUCCUAAGGAUGUCUUUCUGGCAUCAGCUAGUUGUGAUGGAACCGUCAGAGUGUGGACUAUAUCUGAUCAGACUUGUGCUGCUAGUUGGCCGGUACUGCGAAAGAGCAAUGAUGUGGUGAACGCAGAGUCCAUCUGCAGACUCGCAUGGCAGCCCAAGACCGGAAAGUUUCUAGCAGUUCCUGUUGAAAAGUCUGUUAAGCUGUACAGAAGAGAAACUUGGAGUAAUCCGUUUGACCUUUCAGACAGUUCUGUCAUCCAGACACUCAAUAUCGUGACCUGGUCUCCCUGUGGGCAGUAUUUGGCUGCAGGUGCGAUUAAUGGCUUAAUUGUAGUUUGGAAUGUGGAAUCCAAAGAGUGCAUGGAAAGAGUAAAACACGAGAAAGGUUAUGCAAUCUGCGGCCUGGCCUGGCAUCCUACCUGUAGUCGGAUAUGUUACACUGAUGUGGAAGGAAACCUGGGAAUCCUGGAAAAUGUUUGUGACCUCAGUGGAAAGUUGUCAAGCAAUAAGGUCCCUAGUGGAGUGGAAAAGGAUUACAGCGAUCUCUUUGAUGGAGACGACACGAGCAGUGCCGGCGAUUUUCUGAAUGACAACGCGGUUGAGAUCCCUUCGUUUUCAAAGGGGAUUAGAGACGAGGAGGAUGAUAAUGAUGACCUCAUGCUGGCGGCAGAUCAUGUCUCGGGAGAUGAUGAAAACUCAGUUGAUGUUACAAUGCUGAGAAAUGAUCUUCACAGAGAGGAAGGGGAAGAUCACCAGGCAAGCAGUCUUCACAGUCUCCCCCUUGUGAAAUCCCAGAGGCCGCUUUAUGAUGGGCCCAUGCCAACACCAAGACAGAAGCCGUUCCAGCCAAGUUCUACACCCUUGCACCUCACUCACAGAUUCAUGGCGUGGAACUCUGUUGGGAUUAUUCGCUGCUAUAACGACGAUCAAGACAGUGCCAUAGACGUGGAGUUCCAUGACACCUCCAUCCAUCAUGCAACCCAUCUAUCCAAUGCUUUCAACUACACCAUGGGCAGUCUUUCCCACGAAGCUGUUCUGUUGGCUUGUGAAAGUGCCGAUGAAUUAGCAAGCAAACUUCACUGCUUGCACUUCAGUUCUUGGGACUCAAGCAAAGAGUGGAUAGUAGAUAUGCCUGAGAAUGAGGAUAUCGAAGCCAUAUGUCUCGGGCUGGGCUGGGCCGCUGCCGCUACCUCUGCCCUGCUCCUCCGACUGUUUACUAUUGGAGGCGUUCAGAAGGAAGUCUUCUGCCUGCCUGGACCUGUGGUGUCCAUGGCGGGACACGGAGAACAGCUUUGCAUUGUUUAUCACAGAGGUACAGGGUUCGAUGGAGAUCAGUGCCUUGGAGUUCAACUGCUAGAGCUGGGGCAGAAGAAAAAACAGGUUUUGCAUGGUGACCCUCUUCCUCUUACAAGGAAAUCCUACCUUACAUGGCUGGGGUUUUCUGCUGAAGGUACCCCCUGCUACGUGGACUCCGAAGGCUGUGUGCGAAUGCUUAACAGAGGACUUGGGAAUACAUGGACUCCUGUAUGUAACAUCAGAGAGCACUGCAAAGGAAAGUCUGAUCACUACUGGGUGGUUGGCAUUCAUGAGAACCCCCAGCAGCUAAGGUGCAUCCCUUGUAAAGGUUCUCGGUUUCCUCCCACCCUUCCACGACCUGCUGUAGCAAUAUUACCUUUUAAACUUCCUUAUUGUCAGACUUCAACAGAGAAAGGCCAAAUGGAGGAACAAUUUUGGCAUUCGGUUCUGUUUCACAACUACCUUGAUUACUUGGCUGAAAAUGGUUAUGAGUAUGAGGAGAGCAUUAAAAAACAGGCAGUAAAAGAGCAGCAGGAACUCUUAAUGAAGAUGCUUGCGCUGUCUUGUAAACUGGAACGAGAAUUCCGCUGUGUGGAACUUGCUGAUCUAAUGACUCAAAAUGCUGUGCAUUUAGCCAUUAAAUAUGCUUCUCGCUCUCGGAAAUUAAUAUUGGCUCAAAAACUUAGUGAACUUGCCGCAGAAAAGGCAGCCGAGUUGGCAGAAAUCCAGACAGAAGAGAGAGAAGAGGAUUUCAGAGAAAGACUGAAUGCUGGUUACAGCCAUACCACUACAGAGUGGAGUCAGCCACGGGUCAGAAGUCAAGUUGAAGAAGAUGCUGAGGACAGAGAAGACACCGUUUCAGAAGGAAACCCAGAGCCACAGAACCAUGUUAUAGGGCAGAACUUAAUCCAAAGUGCAAAUUCCUCUGAUACCCCAGCUAUGAAAUCAGGUGCAGUUUUCUCUAGCAGCCAAGGACGGGUAAACCCCUUCAAGGUACUAGUCAGUUCCAAAGAACCAGCCGUCUCAGUGAAUUCAACACGCUCAGCUAAUAUUUUAGACAAUAUGAACAAAUUAUCCAGGAAGUCCACUUCUUUUAAUCGAGUAGCAAAUAAUGAAAAGUCUCCAGUUAUAAAGCCUCUCGUUCCCAAGCCAAGGUCUAAGCAGGCGUCUGCAGCAUCCUAUUUCCAGAAAAGAACCUCACAGGCCGAGAAGACUGAAGAAGUAAAAGAAAAUCCUAAAAGUUCGUCAUCUGAAGCUCCAGCCGUGUGCCUUCAAAACUCCGAAGUCCAAAGGCCGAAGACCGGGUUCCAAAUGUGGCUGGAGGAAAAUAGAAGUCAUAUUAUGUCCGACAACCCUGACAUUUCAGAUGAAGCAGAUAUAAUAAAAGAGGGGAUGGUCCGAUUUAGAGUACUGUCCGCCGAAGAAAGGAAGGAAUGGACUAACAAGGCCAAGGGAGGAACUGCCAGCGAUGGAGCUGAGGCAAAGAAGCGAAAACGUGGGGUCAGUGAGAUCUGUGAGACGGAGAACCAGGAAGAGGCAGUGAAGGAGAGUCUGGAGCUGUCUAAAAAGCAAAAGGCAAUAGAUCUUUCUACCAAUCAGAAACUGUCAGCUUUUGCAUUUAAGCAGGAAUAAAGGAAGGGAGUGUGGGGAAAUAAUGAAACUUGGCUUCAGCUUCUGAUGGAUCCUGGACUUUUAGCCUUUAGGGAACGUAUGUUGUGUCCUGUGUGUUUAGAGACAGCUUUGUUUUCUUAAGGCAGUGUGGGGGCAGGGCUGCAGCUCAGUGCUAGAGGGCUUGCCUAGCACACACAGGCCCGUGUUCCCUCCUUACUGCCACAAAAACCAUACCAAACCGAACGAACAAAAAGUAGUCAUUCUCCUGUGUCAGGAGCACCAAUGUAAGAGCUGUCUGGGGGAUUACUCUGCCUUCCAGGAACAGAAGUGUCAUGAUUGCGGUUACUACCAGGGACACCAUCGUGUCCCUGUGGAAGCCAUUAUCUUUAAAAAUCACUAAAAGCUUCAGUCUUCAGACCUCUAUACAUUAUAGUGCCUUCUAGGGCUUUCUUGCCUUCAUUUAGGUUCUGUAGAAGUGCCAUGGUCAUCGGUUUCCCAAGUGAGUUGUCAACUUGACCUCAGGCCCAUGGCUUUUAAUAUGGGCCCCCAAAGUGUAAAUAGUCUGUAAAUGAGAUAUGUUAUUUUACGUGUUUGGAGACAUUUUUCAUGUAUUACUUUAUGUUUGUAUAGCCUGUGUCUUUGGAAUAAAUAAGACUUUCUCAUUUGCA